ACGUCACAUGCUGUUGAUGUGUCUUCGUCAGCCUAUGUAGGGCCAGGUUCCGAACCCUUUGAUCAGCGCGAUUGUAGCUCGUUUCGAUUCGGAAUUCGGCAGCUGGUGCUCCGGGCUCGGGAGAGAAGGGAUGACAUCGCUCUAAAUUCGCUCAAGUGAUUCAGACAAGGCCCUAAGAUGGCUCUGAACAUCCGGGAGAGGCAGAUCGCUGCCUUGAAACACAUGCUGAAUUUGAACGCGGCCGUCAAGAGCAGAGCCAACGAGCCUGUCUGGAAAGUGCUGAUUUACGACAGAGCCGGUCAGGACAUCAUAUCGCCUCUGCUUUCUGUUCGCGAACUCCGAGAUCUCGGCGUGACGCUCCAUCUCAUGAUUCACUCAGACCGGGACCCCAUACCUGAGGUUCCUGCGGUGUAUUUCGUUUCGCCCACCCAAGAAAACAUCAGUCGCAUAGCACAAGACCUCCGCAACGAGUGCUACGACGAAAUUUACCUGAACUUCAUCUCCCCUCUAUCCAGACAGUAUCUCGAAGAUUUGGCAUCCGCGGCGAUAAACGCAAAUUGCGUCACGAGCAUCCGCAAGGUGUUCGAUCAGCACCUCAACUUCAUCACAGUGGACAACGACAUGUUCCUAUUGAAGCAGCACGGCAGAGAAGCAGUCAGUUACUACGCCAUGAACCGAGGAUCUGUGACCGAAGCUGAGAUGGAUUCCAUCAUAAACUCGAUCGUUGACUGUUUGUUCUCUGUUUUCGCGACUUUGGGAACGGUUCCAAUAAUCAGAGCACCGACGGGUAACGCAGCUUCGAUGGUCGCCGAGAAACUCGAUAAAAAGCUCAAGGAUAAUUUGCGCGAUACUCGGAACUCGCUGUUUCUGGACGUGCCUCCGGGACAGUUUUCGUUCCAACGACCGCUGCUGGUCAUCCUUGACCGAAACAUGGAUCUCGCGACACCGCUCCAUCACACGUGGACGUAUCAGGCGUUGACUCAUGAUGUACUUGACUACAAACUCAAUCGGGUCACUUUGGAGGAAGCGAUCGGAGCGCCGGACUUGCUAACCGGGAGCAAGCGCCCCACCAAGAGCAGAACUUACGACUUGAACGUGAACGAUAAGUUUUGGCAACAGCACAAGGGCAGUCCCUUCCCCAUGGUGGCGGAGGCCGUACAGGAGGAGUUGGAAAAAUACCGCGCAUCGGAAGAGGACGUAAAGCGCCUGAAGUCGCAAAUGGGAAUCAGCGGAGACAACGCAGACGAAGCUGUCGGCCUGCUCAGCGACAAUACGGCCAAGCUCACGAACGCGGUGAGCUCUCUGCCUGAACUUCUGGAGAAGAAGCGUCUCAUAGAUCAGCAUACGACGAUAGCUACAUCGAUCCUCGACGAGAUCAAAGCUCGCAAGUUGGACACUUAUUUCGAGCUCGAGGAGAAAAUUCUCGGGAGACAGACCCUUGAGAAAAGUAUUCAGGAAACGCUCGUCGAUCCUGAAGCCGGGACCGAAACCGACAAACUGCGCUUGUUCCUCAUAAACUACAUUUGUAAUCAUCUCACUCCCGAGGAACUGAAAGAGUAUGAGAUCUUGCUCGAGAAAAACGGUUGCGAUCUAAAAGCUGUCAAGUAUCUAAAGCGGUGGAAAGACUUCAGCCAAAUGCAAGUGCAAGCUCAGCAAGCCUAUGCGGGAUCGGGGACGAGGACGGUAGGGAUGUUCUCGAAGUUGAUGUCGCAAGGCAGUCAGUUUGUCAUGGAGGGAGUGAAGAACCUCGUCGUCAAAAAACACAAGCUUCCUGCAACCAGGAUCGUCGAGUCGCUGAUGGAUUUGAAAUCUGGGCCCGAAACUGACGACUUCCGCUACUUCGAUCCGAAACUCCUCCGUGGUACAUCACCGGAAUUCGGCCCGAGUCGGACGCAAACUCCGUUCAAUGACGCGAUUGUGUUCGUGGUCGGAGGAGGCAACUACAUCGAAUACCAAAAUCUGGUGGAGUGUAUGCGGACCAAGUCCAUUCCAAGGAACGUCAUAUACGGCUGCACGGAGUUGACGAACGCUAAGCAGUUUCUACAGCAACUCGCUUUGUUGGGCGACGAGAUCAACUAAGGUUUUUUGAGGGAGAAUUAAAGAAGAGGACAGAAUUCUUUGUUUUGCAGC